CAGAGCUCCCGCGCUGUCCCGCCUGAGCACGGACAGUCCAAAGUCGUCAGAAGGAAGAGGAAAACCUGAAAUGGAGCUGGCCAAGAGCUGCCAGAAGACCCAGGCAAGGAAGACCCGCCCACAACUGCCUGGAAAUCAGGCCAAAAGGAGUUAGAGCGCAGAGCACAUGCUGCACAGCCACCCUGGGGACUGGAGGAGGAAACUCUGAGGAAGCAGGCCAUGGAGACCUUCAAGGUCUUGAAGAGACCGCCCACGAUCUUGCGGAUGUUUGGCUUCCACAGUUGGUUGUUCGCCACACCCUGGGGGAACUCUGCUCCCCCACCUCCCCGCCCCUGCCACCCAGGCAGCUCUGUGGCCUGUGCCAUAGGCAGAUGCGCUCAAGAGGCUGCAGCCCGGGCCACCUGGCACCUCCAGGUGCUGCGUGUGUGCUGCCAUGGAGACGGGCCCCGGGGUUGGUGGUUGGUGGAGAGAAGGCAGUCUCCCAAAGCAGUGUGGAUUCGGGAGAGGGAAAGACUGGAGCCUCGGGUCCUUCAGGUAGUCUGCCUGACCACCCUAGUAUCAAGGAAGCCCAGGACAUUCCUGCCAGGCCUCCCAACGUCUCAUCUGAGGAUGGCGGAGGGGCAGGGCCAGGAGCCUGAGUGCCCUGUCUGCUGGAACCCCUUCAACAACACAUUUCAUACCCCCAAAGUGCUGGACUGUUGUCACUCCUUCUGUGUGGAGUGCCUGGCCCACCUCAGCCUGGUGACUCCAGCCCGGCGGCGGCUGCUGUGUCCGCUCUGUCGCCAGCCCACUGUGCUGGCCUCUGGGCAGCCGGUCACAGACUUGCCCACGGACACUGCCGUGCUCACCCUGCUUCGCCUGGAGCCCCACCAUGUCAUCCUGGAAGGCCACCAGCUCUGUCUCAAGGACCAGCCCAAGAGCCGCUACUUCCUGCGCCAGCCCCGGGUCUAUACACUUGAUCUAGGCCCUGAGCCUGGGAGCCAAACAGGGCCCCCCCCGGACAUGGGCCCUACAACCAGGUCUCUGCCCAUUCCCAUCCCCAGCCACUACUCUCUGAGGGAGUGUUUCCGCAACCCUCAGUUCCGGAUCUUUGCUUACCUGAUGGCUGUUAUCCUCAGUGUCACUUUGUUGCUCAUCUUCUCCAUCUUCUGGACCAGGCAAUUCCUCUGGGGUGUGGGGUGAGUGCUGUUUCUGGACAAGGAACCAACCCUUUAAAAAAUUUUUUUUUCCCCCCAAAUUCUUAUUAAGUAG